AGAUUAUCGCUCCUAGAUUGCUUGACUGCCCCUGAGGAUACACUAAACCAUUGCUCAAUCAAACUGUUUACUCCUCUGUUUACCCACCACAUCGACUGUAACAACACGGACCUCUGCUUUCCCUCCUUCGUGUCUACAAUAGCUGAAUCAAGUAAAUUCAUCAAAGAAAUUAGGAUGUUGCUUUUACCUCAUACUAAAAGCCUUCUAUGUCAUGGCUGAAAUGACACUUGUCAGCAUACUGACAUGAACCAACAAUUCCUAAUUUUGCAACCAGUGGAGGUAAAUGAAGGACAUAUUUCUGCUUUUGUGAAGUUUGCAACAUCUGUGGCCAUUAAUUCAUCACCAGAUAUAAAGCUGUGAAAAACCAAAUACAUAUCAGAGAGCAACAUCACUUAUGAAAGUACAAAAGAUACAGAAUCAAAAUACACACGAGUAGGCAUACCAAUGCCAAGUAUUUGCAGGUAGCAUGAUUCAUGAAUUAUGUUUUCAUCACGAAAUCCUCGCAUUCGAAGAAAUAAAAAAGAAUGGGGUCACGAUUUGAUGAUCAAAUAGCUUUCUCCGUCUCCAAACCCUCCGGAAUGCGUAUUUCCCCCCGCUUUCUCUCUCUAAAACCUUCACCUCACUUUCUCUCUCUACCACUCCUAUCUCAUAAUCCCACCAAACCUUUCUCUUUAUCUUCUUCAGCUAUGGAAUCCGAAUCCACUUGUAUUUUAGUACUUGCUGGAAAAUCAGCUGCUGACAAGGAACUGGCUAAUUCUAUGAAAGUUAGCAAUAUCCUUAAACUCCCUGACGUUCCGGUUGUUUCGCUGCUUUUACAUGAAGAGUCUCCGAAUGAAUCCUUUCGAAUAAAUUCAUAUAUGAACUCUCUUUCAAAUACCUGCUUCGGACGGUUUCUUAUUUGGUCUCCGCGUUUGCCUUCAACUCAUGAUGUUGUUUCGAAAAAUUUUGAAGAGCUUCCUGUUGGCUCGGUAUGUGUUGCUGAUGUUCAAUAUAAAGGCCGAGGCCGCUCGAUGAAUAUUUGGGAAUCUCCAAAAGGUUGUCUUAUGUUUUCCUUUACAAUACAAAUGCAAGAUGGUAGAAUUGUUCCACUUGUACAGUAUGUCGUGAGUCUUGCUAUGACAGAGGCUAUAAAUGAUGUCUGCACUAAAGAUGGUGUUCCAUAUCUUGAUGUCAGAAUAAAGUGGCCCAAUGAUCUGUACUUGGAUGGCCUUAAAGUGGGAGGGAUCCUGUGCACAUCGACUUAUAGAUCAAAGAAGUUUAAUGUUAGUGCUGGAUUAGGUUUGAAUGUUGAUAAUGAGAGACCGACUACAUCCUUAAAUGCCAUCCUUAGAAAGUUGACUACAGUUUCUUACCAACUGCAGCGGGAAGAUAUUGUUUCUGCCUUCUUCAAUAAGUUUGAGAUUUUUUUUAAUCUUUUUGCAACUCAAGGAUUCAAACCUCUUGAAGAGCUAUACUACAAGACAUGGCUACAUAGUGGUCAGAGGGUCAUUGUAGAGGAAAAGAAUGAUGAGAAGGACCAUGGAAGACAAAGUAUGGUUACCAUUCAGGGUUUGACAUCUUCAGGAUAUCUAUUAGCGAUAGGUGAUGAUAAUCAAAUGUGUGAGCUUCACCCAGAUGGCAAUAGUUUUGACUUCUUCAAAGGCCUUAUCAGAAGAAAAUUAACGUAAGCAAGAUUCAGUGGCAUAUACCAACAACUUCAUUUUGUUUAUCGGUGUAUAAUCCUUCUUUGAUCUGUUAUACAUGGUCAAAAUCUUUUCUGCUCUGAAGUCUAUACCAUCUUUUAUUGAGUUUUGGUCAAGCACAUCAUUUUACUCUUCAAAUUUUUAUUUGAUUAAAAUUUUGAUGUUUACAAUUUCUUGUUCAGCUGCAACUAAAGUUGUAUAUCUUCCGUACGCUAUUUGACAAUGAUCUACAUGAUUUGUAUUUCAGUUCGAAGUAUGUUGUCUUUGUCAUUGUGAACUUGUGUAGACUGUAGAAUGGUUUUUUCUUUUUCAUCUAUAAUCAUAAUGAUUAAUUUUGAAAUUUUAGGUUUUGACAGUG